ACACACACACACACACACACACACACACACACACACACACACACACACACACACGUAUGCUUUGCCUCCAUUCAGAGCUGAAGCAGGCAGUGCUGUCACGACAGAGGGAGUAUAAGAUUGCUGCCAUACACGCCAAACAGGGCGGAGACAUAGACCUGGCCAAACAGCACUACCACAUUGCCAGGAAGAUGGACGUGCUGGUGGAGGCUCUGGACCGAGGUGAACCAGUUGACCUGAGCUCUCUACCGCCACCCCCUGAAGACGUAGUGGCAGCCCAAAGUGCUCCUCCUCCUCUUCAAUCUUCCUCUAAACCCGCUGCCCCCGCUGCACCUGCUGCACCUGCACCCACCCAGGUGGCCACUGCCGAUCUCCCUGCUCCCAGCAGUCUGGGGGAAGCCCUGCAGCAGAGGAUGGACAUUUACAAGUCAGCAGCAGAGGGAGCCAAGAGCAAAGGAGACGAUCGCAAGGCUCGCAUGCACCAGCGCAUCGUCAAGCUACCAGAAUAA